CACACACACACACACAGUACACAAAAGGUGUGUAGUGCUGUCUCCCUUUACACCUAAUCCCAGUUAAGGUGAUAGCCACAGGUGCUGAUCUGACAUUUGGAGAGCGCUUGCUAACAGGAGCGCAGCAGAAUGACGAAGAGCUCUUUAUUCCUGGUUCUACUUGCUCUUGUUGACAUUGCCAUUUCCAGCCAAAAUGAGAUCAGCAAUCGGGAAAAACGGGAUGCUGUUCUUAUUCGUUCGAAGAGAAGAUGGGUUCUGUCCACCAUUGAUCUGGAAGAGAACAUGCCUGGGACGUAUCCCAUCAUAGUAACACAGCUCUUCAAUGACAAAAAGGAGAACAACGUCAAGUUUCGCAUCAAAGGAGACGGAGUGACACAAGGCCCUAUUGGCUUGUUUACAAUUGACGAAGACACGGGGGUAUUAUACGUAACCAGGCCCAUCGACAGGGAACAGUUUCCCAUUUUCCACGUGGACUUUGAUGUGCUGGACAAGCAGACUGGAGAAACGUUGGACAAAACGCUAUCCUUUAAUGUAGAAAUAAAGGACAAGAAUGACAAUAGUCCUGAGUUCAAACCGAGCACAAUCACUGCCACUGUUCCCGAGAACACGCCUGAAGGCACAGUCCAAGCAACAUUACAUGCUAUCGACAUUGAUCAGAAGGAUACUCCUAAUUCCCAGUUCACCAUGAAGGUGGUGUCUCAAGAGCCUGCCUCACCAACAUUUACUCUGAAGGACUUGCCUGGUACCACAACAGUCAAACAGCUAGCCUUCACGGGAUGCUUCGAUUAUGAUAAAGUAAAACAACAUAAAGUGUUUGUUGAAGCGAGGGAUCAAGGUACACCUGCACUGUCUUCAACUGCAACUGUUAUCCUGGACAUCUCUGAUUCUAACACCCAUCCCCCAGAAUUCAGUUCGGCCACGUACAACACUGAAGUAUUGGAAAUGGAGUUAAAGGAGAUCCUGAGAAUCGGCAUCAAUGACAAAGACACCCCGAACACUCCUGCUUCAAGAGCCGUAUUCACUAUCCUGAAGGGCAAUGAGGAAGGGAAUUAUAAGAUUGUGACAGACCCCAAAACCAAUGAAGGUGUGCUCUCUGUUAUUAAGGGGAAGAAUUUCGAGAAAACUGCUAUCACAGAUCUGGAGUUAGCAGUGGAGAACGAGGAGAAAUUAUUUCAGUGUGUUGAUGGAAAGCCUGUAACAGGACCCACUCCAAAACCAAACACGGCCAAAGUGUCGGUGAAAGUCAUUGACGUGAACGAUCCCCCUGUGUUUAAAAAACAGAUUGAAAAGGUUUACCGGAAUGAAAACGGACCUCUGGGAGAUGUGUUGUUUGUACCUGAGAUCGAAGAUGAGGACUCAGAUAUCAACAAACUCAGGUAUGAGUUAGUUGAAGACCCAGCCAAAUGGGUGAGUGUGGACUCGAAGACAGGCAAGAUCACCACCGUUAAGAACAUGGACCGGGAGUCUCCUUUUAUCAAAAAUGGCACCUACACUGUUGUGGUGCGCGCUAUAGAUGACGGACAACCUCCAGCUACAGGCACGUGUACCGUAGUGGUCUACCUAGGCGACCUGAACGAUAACGCUCCCUAUCUCGUGUCUAAAAACGCGGUCAUGUGCGGGAACAGAGUCAAUCGUGUGGAUGUGAGACCAUCAGACCUCGACGGCCCUCCGUUUGCUAGUCCUUUCACCUUCUCUCUGGGAGGAGAGGAAGAGCUGAAGACACUCUGGAAGCUGGAUCCCACCACAGGAGCGAACACCUCUCUGAUAAGUUUGACUAGUCUUCCGUAUGGGAACUACACGGUUCCUUUGAAGAUACAGGAUCAGCAGGGGCUGCUGGGAGAAAACGUUCUUCAGGUGGCUGUGUGCGAGUGCACGGGGCUCAACACGUGCCGUGGCCGUCUUCCUUUCUCCUCAAGACUGGGUCCGGCAGCCAUCGGCCUCCUGUUUGCAGGACUUCUCCUACUGGCCUUGCUGCUCCUCUUUUGUAUCCUCUGUGACUGUCAGAGCAAGAAUUUCCAACACAUCCCUCUGAACCUGCAGGAUGAGGGCAACCAAACCCUUGUCAAAUACAACGAAGAGGGAGGAGGCUCGAUCUAUAAGCCCGAGCCAGGGUUUCAGAAGGAAAGCUUGAAAACUCCUUCUGCUCCGCCCGAGUACGCGCUUACCGACGGAUACAGGAACGGCACGGUCAGAAGCACUGCAGGGUAUAACAUUCAGUACAACUUCCAGGAAAUGUCCAGUGGUGGAGGAGUGAUGAGCAUGCCACGUCAAAACUGGUCAGCAGUCCGAAGAGAAAGCUCAAGGAAUGAAAGUCGCGGGAUGUCCCGCUCAUACAGCUUGGCUCGAACAGAAAGGAACCUGGCAGAACAGAUUGAUAGGAAAAUCAGUGGCUUUCCGGAAGAGCAGAGGGACUAUCCAGCGUAUUCCCCGUAUCAGUAUGAAUAUGAGGGCAGGGGCAGCGACUGUCAAUCACUGGAUCAGCUGACGGUCAGCAACCUCGGGGAGAACCUGGACUUCCUGCAGAACCUCGGGCCAAAGUUCAACACUCUGGGUGGGAUCUGUAGGCAGUCAAUGGAGCGCAGGAACGUCCAGCUGUGAAAGUGGGUGGUGAUUUGAGGCUUUAUAUCCUCCUCAUUUCUAUAACGCUUGUUGAGCUGAGCUGCAAAGGGGUUCCAGGGACUUUUAUUUUUUAUUUUUUUGCUGUGACAGUGCUCUAAGGCCAUCGUUGCUCGAAGACAUGCCUUGAACUUGAGCACCGUGAAACCUGUAGAGGCACAGGAUGAUUUCGGAUAUAAGCUGUGAACAUUACAUCUUCAGUGCCAAGACUGCCUGCCCUCCAGGAAACUACGCUCAAGAAGCACUGGUUUGAAAUGAAGCAGUCCCGUGGCUUGGACUCUUGCGGGUUUGACUGUGAGCUUUUUUUUUAGCGAACGCAAAGCCGCACAUCACAACCACAAUUAUUUCUGCCGAUAGUGUUUGUAUGGGGUUUUCCAGCACUUGCUGCCUUUAGCUAGUAUACUGUUUUGUUCACUUCGACUUCGCAAUGCAAAAUCACUUGUGUAUCGAAAGCCAAAAAUGACUAUUCUGUUAUUUAUUCAUCAAGUCAAUCCAAACCUAUAUAGCAGCUUGGGAUAAAAUACAAAAAAAGGUAUUUUCACACAGCUGAGAGUCUAUUAAUCAAAACUUCUCAUCUCGGAAUUCAGAUUUUGUUAGACACUUGAGCAAACGUACAUGCUAAAUUUCAGUAAAAGUUGGAAAUGCUCGAUAAAAAGAAGCACGGACCUUUAUACAUAUACAUUCUGUGGUUUAAAUAGGCUAAGUUUCCAUACAAACCACUUUCUGCUGCAUGGAAACAUAGGAAAAAAUGCUUUGGUGGACACCAGGAAACAAAAAGCAUUUCCAACUAAUCCAUUGACUGGACGAAAGAUCAUAUUUAUUUUAUAUUUCGUAAUGGUGCCAUUUUUGAACAGUGUGAGAAUGAGUAAAUAAUGACUGAAUAUUCAUUUUUGAGUGACUGAGCACGAAAAGAAUAACGAAACCGGCAUUAAGGGUAAUAAAGAACAAGCAGAAGCUAUUCCGCACAGCAGUAGGGAUAGAAUAUGAAAGUAAAGAUCAGUCAUCGUUCAACAGAGAGUCUGGCAGGGGAUCAUCAUUACAUCCCACUUCUGUAUUUACUCAACUUUACCUGGGCUUUUUUUCCACUGUAGGGAGGUUUUAUGAAGAACGGAUGGAAUGGUUUCAUACAGCUCAUUUUUAUUGUAAAUAGUUUUGAUUGUAAAUCCGGUCAUCUUGAGGGUUUUGGGUGUAGGGUGCUCAGGGCCUGAGGCGUUGUCUGCGAUGUUCUCUUUCUCUUUGAAGGACAACCUCGCUGAAAUUGUACGCGGAACAUUUUUGAUAACACUUUACGACAAUAUUCAACAAGUUAUCGUUAGUUGAGGUGUUAUCACAACAAUCUUUAGAGCAUUUAUUUAUCUGGUUUCACGUUAAUUCACUAAAACGGUGUGAAUAGAACCGUUUAUGAGGAAUGAAUGUAUCUUAAAUUCUAAUAUUGCAUCAUAUUGCGCGUAGACUAGAUUAAUUAUUGCUGUAGAUGAUUUGUUAGUGUUGGCUAAAUGCAUUGAACAUUGUUGUAAAGUGUUAAUAUGUCAAAUACAGGAGGCUGUAUUUACAUUGUAAUAACGAUUAAUAAAUGUUGCCGCAUUCUGAGAACUAAA